GGGCGGUUUUCCUUUCUCCAUAAACAACACCCACACCGCAUUAUCACCGCAUUUAAAGAAGAAGAGGUGCGAAAUUACAAAUUUUUAAUUAGAAAUUAUCUAUUUCUUAGGAAAAAUACGUAAAGUUAUGGAUCCCCCUGGGCCAGAAAUGUUCGAUUUUCCCAAUAACAACCCGUUAUUGUGCCCGAUUUGCCACGAUUAUUUCACAGAGCCUUGCAUUUUAAAUUGUUACCACACGUUUUGCUCGAGGUGUUUACGCGGGAGAGAACAAGAUAGGAAAUUGAUUUGUCCUUAUUGCAGGCAACCAACAUUGAUAAAGGAUGGCUUAAUGUUACCACCCCCAGACACCCUUAUGCGUCAACUCAUCGAUAUUGCUAAUAGUGAGAACCCUCCUUGUUCCAAUUGCGAUAAACGCGAUCGAGCAAGCAUGUAUCAUUGUAAUACUUGUGGGCAAGCUCUUUGCUCAAAUUGCCGCGACAAUACCCAUCGGGCUAAAAUGUUUUCUGCGCACGAAGUUGUUCAUAUGUCAAAAUGCACCAAAGAACCAAAAAGGUGCCCCCAACACACCGAACCCUACAUAAUGUACUCCCCCCUUCAAAACACAAUGCUUUGUGUGAACUGCUUCCGAGACACCCCUCCCGAAGUCCGAUCUCAAUGCCUUGACAUCGACACAGCCCAUCUCCAAUCAACCAAGCAUUUAUCACGCGCCCAAAACGCAAUAACCGACCUCCAAACGUCAGUUCGCGACUCAAUUUUAGCCCUAAAAUCGUUAAUGGAUGAGUUACGGAGGAAUAUGGACUCGGAAAAACACACGAUUAACACAUUUUGUCAGGGUAUGCAAGAGGCUAUGGCCAAAACUCACGCCGCUAUGAUCAUGGAGGUUCAGCGACAAUUUGAGAGUAAAGAUCGAGUGUAUCGGGGGCAAUUACUACUUUUAGGAUCGGUUAUGCCCGUUUUGCAGCUCCACCUAGUGUUGUGUGCGACUUUUACAGCCGCUGCGAACAAAUAUCAAUUUUUGGAGUUAUGCCCGGCGUUAAUUGAGCGAUUAGGUCAAGUGGGACAACUUAGCCAACCUGUAAGAUCUUUGCAAAGUUCCUCAAUCAAAACCAAUUAUCGUAGCGAAUUUGCUCAAAGUUUGGAGCCAUGGAUUGGGCCUCAAGCUGUGUCCCAACAUGUUGCCGAAAUAGCUGCCACCUCAAGAUCUUUUCCUGAGCCACCACCAACAACAAAAAAGCAACAAAACUUGUUAAAAACAAAAGUUUUGGAAGCCGAAACGUCGUUUGCAACUCAUUGUAGAUCGUUUGAGUCGCAAAUUCGCGAUUUAAAUCAACAAUUUAAUACGGUUAAAGAUAAAGUUACCGAACUUCACAAAGAUAUCACGGCGAUUCGUAAAGCUCAAACACCGCCGUUGAUAAAUCGUUAUGAAUUGUUAAGUAGAGAAUGUAAUAUUUUAGAGACAAGCUUAGAGAGGCAACAAGAAGAUUUGGAGAAGAUGGGGAUGGUGUUUGAAGCGGCGUGGGAAGAACAACUUUGGAGAAUUCGGGUUGAACAAGAAGUCUUUUCGUGCCAAAAAGCUGAUGUGAUGAUGUUAAGGAACGAAUUGAAACGAUUAAGCGAGGUUAAAAAUGAAAUGGAGGUUUUCGUUAAAAGUUUCGGUCAAUUUGAUGUUAGAAAAUCGGUCAUAAACGACGAAAUCGAUUUAAAUCUACAAAGUUUUUUGGAUCAUUUCGGUAGGAUUCAUCAAAGUUUGAAUCAACACCAAUCGGAACAAAAUUUGGGGAAAAUCCCUCGCUCGAGGAGUCGCGUUUUGGGGCAAUUCUUCGAUAAAGUUCGACCGAAUUCCAGCGUUGGAUGCCACGAAAGGGAGCGGAGUAAAUCGGCGGGGCAAACCGACAAAAUUGGGAAAAUAAAAAAACCCCAACAAGUUAACAUGGAACGCUUAGAAACACAAAUUAAGGAGAAACUACAAGAUUUUAUCUGCCAAAAACAAUUAGCCUCGAAAUCCGAUACAGAAACCGAGCACAAGUUGAUACAAAACAAAAAAAUUUUAUACAAAAAAAUUAAUAAGAGUUGCGAUCGAAUUAAUUUAACACAACCUAACCUUAAAAUCGAUACGAAAGCGUUGAUUCACGGCGAAAAUCGCGACACUCAAAAGAAUAUUCAAAUGUCACAGCCUAACCUAAAAAGUAUUCACACCAAAACAACCGAAUCUAACCUUAAAAGUACCCAAAAAAACCUUCAACAACAAAAAACCCCAUCGAAAUCGCCGAGAAAACCGAAAAUUUAUCCGUAUUCCGAUGGUGAAGACAACGUUUUUUACUCAUUAAACGACUCCGCCGAUUCGAUGUCAACGUCUAGUCGAAGAUCUUCGUUGGAAACGCCAGAUAAGACAUUGGUCGUUGUGAUAAAUAGAAGAAAUAAAAAUUUAACUUUAGCUCAAAAACAGAGAAGUUGGGAAACUUUCCCGCCAAAACGUAAACACCACCAUGUUUGCCAUAAAUUAUCAGCUCCAGGAGGUGGCGGAACGACUAGUGCUGGAAUGAGUAGUGGGGGAUUAUGCUCAGGGGGAGGUUUAAGUGGCGGGGGGCCGUUAAGAAAAACGGACAGUUUUGAAGGGCACGAAGAAGCUGUUAAAAGCUUAGUGGCCGCUGUGCAAGAAACGCGGAGAAAACCUAAAUUAGCUGGAGGAAGCGGGGGUGGGGGAGGAGGUGCUGGCAAUUGAUGGAUAUUUAUAGGUUAUUAUAGUUGGUUAGAAAUAUAGAAAAAAAAUGUUUUGUAGUAAUAUUAGAUUAAUUAAAUAAAAAAAACGAAUUAAUCCCCAA